UCACGAGCCUUCCGUCCUACUCGUUGAUCCUGAGACUUCCUUUCAUGACAGGAAGUGGCGUUAGGAGUGAAGAUAGCGUCUCCUUGACAACUGGCUCACGCUUCUUCUAGGACUGUUUGUUGUGUCAGGUCAACUUUAUAAAAUCCAAAAUGAGUGACCAGCUUAAAUUCAUCGUUGAAAAGCUCAAUAAGGAGCCAUUUAAGAAGAACUUUAACCUGAUAACAUUUGAUUCCCUGGAGCCCAUGCAGCUGCUGCAGGUCCUAAAUGAUGCUCUUGCUGAAAUUGACCCAAAGCAUUCUGUCGACAUUCGCGAGGAAACGCCUGAUCAAACGGCAAAGAGAAUGUUAAAUAUUCUUGGUAUCCUUAAAUAUAAACCUCCAGGAAAUGCAGCAGACAUGAGUACAUUUCGCCAAGGUUUGGUUGUUGGAAGUAAACCUGUAAUUCAUCCAGUAUUAUACUGGCUACUCCAGAAAACAAAUGAGUUGAAGAAGAGAGCGUAUUUAGCCCGUUAUUUGGUAAAAUUAGAUGUUCCUACUGAGUUCUUACAAGAUGAUGUAGUGUUUGACACCAACAAGCAGUAUGAAGAGCUCAUGGAAAACUUCAAAACCCUUCAUAAAGAGUGUGAGCAGCUUAAAUCAUCUGGCUUCUCCACUGCAGAGAUUAGACGGGACAUCACAGCUAUGGAAGAGGAAAAGGAUCAGCUGAUGAAGAGAGUUGAGCGCCUUAAAAAAAGGGUGGAGACAGUUCAGAAUCAUCGGAGGAUGCUUGAGAUGGCAAGUCAAUUGAGAGUAGAAAAAGAAAGGGAAGAGUCUCUGGCUCAACAGAAGCAAGAACAAAGAAAUCAGCUUUUUAAUGCAGAACAGAAACUACAAAGAGCACAACUUCACUUAAAAAACAUGCGACAUGCUGCGUCAGAUGCAAAACCUGAAGGUUUAAUAAAAAGACUUGAAGAAGAAAUUAAAUUUAAUUCAUAUAUGGUUUCUGAAAAGCUUCCUAAAGAACUGGAGAGCAAGCAACGGACCCAGAGCCUCAUGCAAAGAGUUGUCAGUGAACAAGUGAUGGACCAAUCUGAUCUGACAGAACUGGAAGCUAAGAUCCAAGAAGUCAAUUCAGAAAUCAAUCAGCUCACUGAAAAGAGAAUGAGAAAUGACCCGACCGAUGACAAACUGUCCCUUUUUCGGCAGCAAGCAGCCAUAAUUUCACGCAAGAAAGAAACCAAAGCUGAAGAAUUACAGGAUGCUAAGGAAGAAAUUGCCAAUUUAGAAAGAGAAAUAGCACAGAAAUCUAGUCAGGUCCGAGAUUCUGAUGGCUCUGAAAUGCUAAGAGGAGAUGAGUUUAAACGUUAUUUGAGCAAGCUUAGAGGAAAAAGCUUAGUCUUUAAAAAGAAGCGUCAAGAACUGGCCGAUCUUGCAGCAGAAUGUGGUGUUCUUCAAAGAACCGAGCAAAUCCUGAAGCAACGCCAUGAUAGUUUUCAGCAACAAUUGCAAGCCAUAGAGCAAAAAAGAGGGAUAUCUGGGUACACUGACACCCAGGAAGAGUUGGAGAGAUUGUCUGUUUUGAAAAAUGAAGUAGAUGAAAUGAAAGGACGAACUCUGGAUGACAUGUCUGAAAUGGUAAAGAAGUUGAAUACCAUGAUAGCGGAUAAAAAGUCGGCAUUGGCCCCUGUUAUAAAAGAACUAAGGCCUUUACGUCAGCAGUGUCAGGAGCUGACCCAAGAGCAUGAUGAAAAGAAAGCACAAUACGACAGCUGUGCGGCUGGCCUGGAAAGUAACUGCUCCAAGCUAGAGCAGGAAGUCCGAGGUCUUCAGGAGGAAUGCAGUCAAGGAGAGAGUCAAUAUCAUUACAUAAACUUGAUAAUAAAGAUUGCUGAAGUACAGAUACAACGGGCAGCCGAUGAGAUGAAGGCCUAUGUCUCUCCAGAUGCUCAGGAAAGGAAGAAAGCUCUCAGAGACCAAUAUUCAAAGAACAUCCAAGAGCAGGAAAAUCUGGGAAAGAAAUUAAGAGAGCAGCAAAAGUCAGUUAGAGAAAGUCACGGACCAAACAUGAAACAAGUGAAGAUGUGGAAAGAUUUUGAGAAGCUGAUGGAAUGUAAGAAAACUGGUUUUCUGAAACUGCAAAAUCAAGUGUUAACUGAGCGAGUGAUUCAAGAAGCAGGAGAAGAUCGCCUCAUCUUAUAGAUGUUCUGCAAACUGUAGGAAGAAAUAUGUGUGCACCUAAUGAAUUUAUAUUUAUAUAAAAUAUAUUUUAGCUAGGUUUUGGCAGUGGUAUAACUGCCCAGUACACUCAUCUAAUUAAUCCAUCCUGUCACUUAUACACUUUAGCUGUCAAACAAAUGAAUAAUAAAAGGUAAACUUGCAUUA